AUGCCUGCCCAGGCCUCAGGUCCCACAGCGGUUAGAGGCAGAAGCGGAACUGAGCCCGGGACGGCUUGGCAGCCAACCAGAACCCUGUCUCCCUCCCCAGCCCCUACUGAGGCUCCACCCAUGGCCUCUCCAGAAGCACAGGAGACUGGAGAGACCCCGGCCAAGGAGAACCAAGUGGCCACGGGGGCCGAGCAGACAGGGGCCCCCGCCUCGCCCCUCAAGAGGUCCUGGCUGGUGCGGCACUUCUCACUGCUGCUGCGCCGGGACCAGCAGGCCCAGAAGGCCGGACAGCUCUUCUCGGGGCUCCUGGCCCUCAACAUGGUGUUCCUGGGCGGAGCCUUCAUCUGCAGCAUGAUCUUCAACAACGUGGCCAUCACGCUGGGGGACGUGUGGACCCUGCUGGCCGCGCUGAAGGCCCUGGCCCUCCUUUGGCUUCUCUACUACACCGCCAGGACCACCCGCCGGCCGCAAGCCGUGCUCCACCAGGACCCGCACGCAGGACCCGCUUGGGUGCGGGGCUCCCUGGUGCUCUUUGGCAGCUGCACCAUCUGCCUCAACGUCUUCCGCGUGGGCUACGGCAUGAGCCACAUCCAGUGUAAGUCACAGCUGGAGCUCAUCUUCCCGGCCGUCGAGAUCAUCUUCAUCGGCAUCCAGACCUGGGUGCUCUGGAAACACUCUAAGGACUGCGUUCAGAUCCAGACCAACUUCACUAGGUGUGGCCUGAUGCUGACGCUGGCCACGAAUCUGCUGCUGUGGCUUCUGGCCGUCACCAACGACUCCAUGCACCAUGAGAUCGAGACUGAGGUCAGCGCCCUCAUGGAAAAGUUCUCAGGCAACAACACCAACACCUGUCUGUGCCUCAACGUCACCAUGUGUGAGGUCUUCCAGAAGGGCUACCUGAUGCUCUACCCCUUCAGCACCGAGUACUCCCUCAUCUGCUGUGGCAUGCUCUUCGUCAUGUGGAAGAACGUGGGCCGCCGCCUGGCACCCCACACGGGCUCCCACCCCAGCACCCCGCCCUUCCACCUGCACGGGGCCAUCUUAGGGCCACUGCUGGGCCUGCUGGUCCUGGUGGCAGGCACGUGCGUCUUCGUGCUCUUCCAGAUCCAAGCAAGUGGCCCUGCCAUCGCGCGCCAGUACUUCAUCAUCUACUACGCCUUCUACGCAGCCGCACUGCCCACUAUGAGCCUGGCGUGCCUGGCGGGCAUGGCCAUCCAUGGGCUGGAGGAGCGAGAGCUAGACACGCUCAAGAACCCCACCCGCAGCCUGGACGUGGUGCUGCUGAUGGGCGCGGCGCUCGGCCAGAUGGGCAUCUCCUACUUCUCCAUCGUGGCCAUCGUGGCCACUCGCCCCCACGAGCUACUCAACCACCUCAUCCUGGCCUACUCGCUGCUGCUCAUCCUGCAGCACAUAGCCCAGAACCUCUUCAUCAUCGAGGGCCUGCACCGGCGCCCGCUCUGGGAGGCGGCUCCUGAGAGCCUGGCGGGGAAGUGGGAGGCUGAGCCUCCCCGCAGGGGCUCCCUGCUGGAGCUGGGCCAGGACCUGCGGCAGGCCUCGCUGGCCUACAUCCACUCCUACAGCCACCUCAACUGGAAGCGGCGGGCCCUCAAGGAGAUCUCACUCUUCCUCAUCCUCUGCAAUAUCACACUGUGGAUGAUGCCCGCUUUUGGCAUACACCCGGAGUUUGAGAACGGGCUGGAGAAGGAUUUCUAUGGCUACCAGACAUGGUUCACCAUCGUCAACUUCGGCCUGCCUCUGGGGGUCUUCUACCGCAUGCACUCUGUCGGGGUGCUGGUGGAGGUCUACUUGGGGGCCUGA